UGAAGUUUCCGCCAGUAGAGGACGCUCGUGCAACCAAAGCAAUGACAAACAUCUGGGUCUAGGAGAAGAAGGGAAGGGAACAUAAACAUGAGAAGUGGAUUCUGAAUUCUGCGGUAAAUCUGCUGGGGAUUUUUUUAGACUGAGAAACUACUGAUAUACUAUUGUAAAUAUGGAUUUUAAGGAAGAACCCUGCAGAAUAAAAGAUGAAGAUACAGAGGAACUAAUAGACCUCAUCGAAGUGAAUGAAGAGAAACACCAUCAUUUUACAAAUGAAGAUGGAAAACUGACAUAUAAAAAUGAAGACAAACAACAUCUGAUUCAAAAACCUCAUUUCAAAAGUGAAGAUGGAAAUGCAGUUGGUUCAAAGACUGAAAAGAAUUUCACACAAAAACAAUCUGGAAAAUCUGGAGUCAAAGGAUCUUUCACCUGCUCUGAGUGUGGAAAGAGUUUCACAUUUAAAACAGCCCUUAAGCGACACAUGAGAAUUCAUACUGGAGUUAAACCGUUCACAUGCUCUGAGUGUGGAAAGAGUUUCACAGAUCAAACAGGCCUUAAGAGACACAUCAGAAUUCACACUGGAGAGAAACCAUUCACAUGCUCUGAGUGUGGAAAGAAGUGCAGGCUCCAAUCAAACCUUAUAAGACACAUGAGAUCUCACACUGGAGAGAGGCCUCAUACAUGCUGUCAUUGUGGAAAGGGUUUCAUUCAGAAGGGAAACUUUAAUGAUCACAUGAGAAUUCACACUGGAGAAAAACCGUUCACAUGCACUCAGUGCGGAAAGAGUUACACAUACAAAAGCAUUCUGAAAAAACAUCUGCUCACUCACUCUGAAGUGAAGCCAUUCAGCUGUGAUCAGUGUGGUAAAACAUUUGGUUUUGAAACAAGCUUAAAAGCACACCUUAAAAUUCAUACUGAUGUGAAGCCUCACAUUUGUUCUUUUUGUGGAAAGUGUUUUUCAUUACUGAAAUGUUUAAAAGUGCAUGAGCGUAUUCAUACUGGUGUGAGACCUUAUGUGUGCUCUGACUGUGGGAAGACCUUCAUUACGUCCAGUGCCUUACAACAACACCAGAAAUCUCAUACUAGAGAGAAACCGUACAAGUUACUGUGGAAUGAGUUUUACUCAAAUAUCUCAUCUACAGUCUCAUAAGAAAUACAUUUUCCUGCAGUUAUCUAAGAGAGCAAAUUUCAUUUUCAGAUGCAUCACUUACAAAUAAUACACUUGAAAAAAAUUGACAUUCUGAUUAAUCAAAAGCUGUAUCAUUUCUUUAAAUUAGUAGUGAAGUUUGUCAAGGGGAAGGUAAAAAAAACUGGGGAAGGUAAAAAAAAAAAAAAAGUUCAGCAAACUAGUGUGUUGCCUUAAAACUACGAUUUGUAAAGGGAUGUGUUUUGUUUCUUUGUGGAGUUAUAGAGUUAUAGAGACAACAGUCUCUAUAACAAUCCAUAUUUCAAGCAAUUUGUUUUAGCUGUUUAGAUGUGAUGCAUUAAGAUGUCGAGGACUUUUUUUUGCAGUGAAAUGAACUAAGAAAUAAGAAUGAACAAAACGUUACUAUAUACAGCUCUGGAAAAAAAAUAGAGACCACUCCAAGUUCAGAAAAAUUAAUGUUAAGUGGUCUUUAUAUAUAUAUAUAUAUAUAUAUAUAUAUAUAUACAUACUCAUUGUUUUUCUAUAUAUAUUUAAAGAGGUUAUUCCUCUAAUAUGAACUCAAACAUCACUGAGAGAAGAUGAAAUUGCUCAGGAAAAGUGAAUGUUUCUGUGGCAAUUCAGCAGUGACAUUUGUUUUACAGCUGCUGUCUAGUAGUUAUGAAAAGUUAAAGAUUAAGUUCUAAGUUAUACUGUGGUUAUACUUUUUUACUAAUUUUUAUUAACAAAUAUUACAGAUUUUUUUUUUAAGUAAUAAAAUGGAAAGCUGA